AGAGACCGGAAGUGUAGCUUCAUUUACGCAUUGGCCGAAUAGGAGCGGGACUGCGGCUGGGGAUGCUUGUUCCCCGCAGAUCCGAGGACGGUGUUUGUACUAUGAUGGACCCGUAGACUAUUCCCUGAACAAAUAGUCGGUUUGUGGAUGUUGGGACUCGACUGAGGCCCCGGAGCCUUCAGACCCGCUUCGUUUAUCCGGGAUACGUCACGUCGAGGGCGCUGAGGCCGCCCCGCACUUCCUCUCGGGCCAUGGCGGACUCGACGCUGCUGACCCCAGAGUUGAGCGGUGCCGAGACCAUGGGCGGCGAGUCGGUGCGUUUCGAGGAGUUGCUGUUGCAGGCUUCCAAAGAGCUCCAACAAGCCCAGACAGCCAGGCCAGAGUCUACUCAGAUCCAGCCCCAGCCUGGUUUCUGCAUAAAGACCAACUCAUCGGAAGGGAAGGUUUUCAUCAACAUCUGCCACUCUCCCUCCAUCCCUCCCCCGGUGGACGUGACUGAGGACGAACUACUUCAGAUGCUGGAGGAGGACCAAGCUGGCUUCCGCAUCCCCAUGAGCCUGGGAGAGCCACAUGCUGAGCUGGAUGCAAGUCAGUGCCCUCAGAAGACCUGGAAUCUGUCCCCUCGAGAAGGCCAGGGCUGUACUGCCUAUGACGUUGCAGUCAACAGUGACUUUUACCAGAGGAUGCAGAACAGUGAUUUCUUGCGGGAGCUCGUCGUCACUAUUGCCAGGGAGGGCCUUGAGGACAAGUAUGGUUUACAGCUAAAUCCAGAAUGGCGCAUGUUGAAGAACCGGCCUUUCCUGGGCUCCAUUGCCCAGCAGAACAUCCGCUCCCAGCAAUGCCCUCGGAUUCAGGAGCUGGGAACCCCAGAUGCACACAGUCCUCUGGGGACUGAGGCCUGCCCAGAGCGGCCUCACUGGAAACUCUGGUUGGAAGCCCCUGACCUACUGUUGGCUGAGGUCGACCUCCCCAGGGUGAGUGGAGCCCAAGGGCUGUCGCUGGAGAUUGGAGAGAACCGCCUGGUGAUAGGGGCACCUCAGGCACUGUAUCACCUAGAUGCCUCCAUUCCCCUGAGGAUCAAUGUUGAGGACAGCAGGGCUGCUUUCCACCACAGGAGAAGGCAGCUGAUGGUGUCUAUGCCCCUCCUGUCAGUCUGAUCCUGACCAGAGUCUCUGUAUUUCCAAACUGGAGAAGAGGUUGACAGUGUCUCUGAAAAUGAAAUAAAAGAGCUUUGUAGUU